AUGGCCUCUCCAGACUCCUCCCCUCACGACCUCGACCAUGACUCCCAAACCCCCGAACAAGAAGAAAUCUCCACCUCCCCCUGGGCCAUCACCUCCCCCCUUAUUCCCGACCCUUCUGUUCCCCCAACCCUCGCGAUUAAAAACAACUCCCGCAUCAACCGCCCCCUAGCGACCCACUCCUCCCUCUCCCCCAGUUCCUACACCGCCUACCUCCGCCACGUCCAAUACGGCACCUAUCACUCCCUCCCCUCCUGCCUCCUAGCCCUAGACUUCACCUUCCGCUUCCCCACCACCUCCACCUCCCGCUUCUCCUCGGCAGAAAUAACCCUCACCUUCACCCACACCACCUCCCCAUCCAAACCCUCCCUCCCCUCAGCCUCCCCAAGCUACGACCCCAUCAUCUCCAACUUCGCCCCCGUCUCCAUCAUCGGCCCCCCACAAACAAGAACAAACUCCAACACCUUUGAAAUCGCCGCUCCCUUGACCCUAUUCGACACCCCCUUUGGCCUCGGCCCUUCCGUCGGCGUCACACCCCGCUGGGCCAAGGAAACGACCAAGAUGGAAGAAGGCCAGGCAGAGCUGCACGGGUAUCUAGCUCAAGACGAUGACCAUGACGAGGGCGCGAACUCGGUAGCGUGGGAUAUGGCUGAGAACCCUGUUAGCAAAGGGGGGAUAUUCCGCUCGUUUCGGGGGGUGGUUUUGCUGACCCUGCCGAGGCCGGGAGAGCCGUUUUGGAUGAAGGUCGAGGUUAAGCCUGUGGUGAAAUUCAGCUUGGAUCCAAAAAGGUGGUUGGCGCAGAGGUUGAUCGGAAAGAGGGAUGACCCGAUACUGCUGGAUGGGAAGACAGGGUUGGGGGACUCGGUUUGUCAUGGGUUUGAGGCUUUUGAUGCGGAGGAUUUUCCGUGGGGUGCUGUGCUGAAGGGGCCGGGACAGUUGGGUGAGACUUGA